AGGCAAGGCUGAAGGUUACAAGUGCGGGUUGAGACUGAUACAGGUGGUCCUCAAGUUACAACAGUUCAUUUAGUAACCGUUCAAAGUUGCAACAGCACUGAAAAAAGUGACUUAGGAGCGUUUCUCACACUUACGACCGUUGUAGCCUCUGCAGGGGCACGUGGUCAAUUCUAGGACGCUUGGCAAACGGCUCAUAUUUACGAGGAUCCCGGGGUCACGUGAUCCUUUUUGGCAACCUCUUGACAAGAAAAGUCAGUGGGGGAAACCCACAACUUAACCCCAUUACUCACUUAACAUCUGGCCCAUAGAAUCAGCGAGAGUCUGACGUGACUGAAUGGGUAACGUCACCCUCAAUCCUUGAGUGAUUAAUGCCGGCAUUCUCAGCUCCAAGGUGUUCCUAUAUCUUGUUCAAUCUUUUUGGCACAACCUGGACUAUCCAAAGCUAAAUGGGAAGAAAUGAACUUGAACAUCAAGGAAAGGAAGAAAAAAAAAGACACCCACAUUCAAAAUAAUUCCAGGUUAGGUUUGCUUCCUGCAGUCUGGCCCGCGUGCUUCUCCUGUGUCGAGGUGGAGGUGUGAAUGGCGAAAGCCGCCUGCAUCCCUCCUUUCUGCCUUUCGCAAUCUGGGCCCAAAAACAGGUUGAGGGAGAUUUAAGAAGCUGCUGCAAUCUUUGUCCUGGAAAGUCCUCUGGAGGAGGAACGCAUCCAGGAUGUUCUGCAGGCAAGGAGAGGAAUCUUGAGGACCGGUGCCUUGCCAAGACCUGUAAAAACCCUCCAGCUCAUCCAAUUUGACACUUUGGGUACCCGUAGGGUAGAGAAGAAAGGAGGUGUUUAGAGCUUGAGGACUUGGCUGUCUUCUCCAAGCAACUUAUGUGAUCUGGGGCUGCAAUCUGCCUGGGAAGUCCAGUUGAUGGUCCAGCAACUCCAGAGCUGAUGAGUUACUAUGAUGAGGAAGUCGCCAGGCUGCACCAUGCCGAGUGCCUCUGCUCUAGCCGGGAGACUGGCUUUAGCCAUGCCGAAUGCCACGAUGAAGAUCUGCUGACCGAGGAUGACAUUUAUUGCUGCUCUUUAUCGAAGACAUUGUGCCAUACCUCCACCCCAGUCACCGUGGGUUUUUAUUCCCCAUGCGGAACACGGAUUCACUCCUUACUGGACCAGAUUGCAGGAUGCAUGCUCAAAGAAUCCAUCCGAAGGGAAGAAGAAGAAUACAGGAGGACCCACCAGAGAUCCCGAGUCCCCGAAGGAAUAAACUACCUGACUCUACUGUGGUACAUCGUCUUCUACCAACCGGUCAUCACCGAGGUACACCUCCGAAGAAAAACCAUCGAGUUCCUUUUCAUAAGAUUCAGCGCCUGGGAAUAUGCAGGCAGUGACAAAUUGUGGGCUGGAUUGGUCACCACCCUGUGUGACCAUAUCCGCCACCAAUUUGGUCCUCUUCCCCUGAGUUUCUACCAAGUGGUAGGAAGCCGUCCACAAUUCGCCUCAGGAUUCACCCAAACAGAAUGGAGGCUUAAAAGGAAAACAUGCUGCGCCGCAGGAGGACUGGUGGUGGUGUUGCUAGCUGGCGCAGGCCUGGCUACUACCGCCCUCCUUGUGCCAGGGAUAAGGGAUGGCACAACCUUAAAGGUCCUUGGUAGCACCAUUGCUGCCAUUUCAGGCUCAGGGUUCGUCAUAGCCAUCAGUCCUGUCAUCAAGCACUUGAUCCUCAGCCAGAAGAAGAAGAUCGAGAGCAUGACCAGCGAUGAGAAGUUCACCAGCCACUUGGGUUUCAUGAGUGCAGUGAAGAGAGAGAUUGAGGUCCUCACCAGCUUUGUCUACUACAUGGAGAUCUUUGAGCGUCGGCGUUUGAGGAUUGUCUUUGAGAUCACAUGUUUGGAUAUGUGCUACCCCGAACGUGUGGUUGGAGUGUUGAACGCCAUCAACACGCUCCUUUCCGAUAGGAAUGCCCCCUUCAUCUUCAUCCUGGUGGUUGACCCCUGUGUCAUCGUUUCUUGCUUGGAGCAGGCUAGCACCAUGAAGGGAAUGGCGGACAAUGGCUACCUGUACCUCAACCGCACAGUGACCCUUCCAUUCUCCAUCCCAGAAAUUGGCAUCAAAUCCAAGAUGCGAUGUUUGCAUGAGGCCUUCCAGACUCGGGAAGAUCUGAUGUACGGCAUCAUUACAAGGAACGUGGAGUUGGGAGUGACAAAGUCCAAAGGGAAUGUUGAAGCAUUGGUGAACAUGGAAGCAGAGGUUCAAGAAGACCAACAACAGAUCGAUGCACUGGCAGUGCAAUACAUCCAUGAAGCUUUUCACUGCUUGCAUAACGAACAAGAUUGUCUCUACCAUUAUGUCCCAGAUAGCAUUAUCCAGAUGAGGAGGAUUGUCAACACCAUCCCCAUUACAAUCAGGUUGAUGACUCAACAGCAUCUGCUGAGGCACAAUAUCUGUGCCCGGGCAGUCGCCAGUUGGGUGGUGUUGGCCGACCAAUGGCCGUGUCGCUUGAGUUGGAUCCUCCAAUGCAUGGAAGACAAGCUGCAGUGCCAACCACCCAACAAUUAUGAGAAGGAAUUGAUGUGGGACGUCUUUGUGGAGACCUGUCCUGAGCUUUACUCCAAGCACAAAGAACUCAAGAAUAUCAUGGCCUUGGAUGGCGACCCUGAACUUUUUGAGAAAUUCUUGUCCGGUGAUUUUCCCUUCACCGUACAAGAAGGGAAGAAAUUAUUGAAGUAUACUGUAAACUUAGAUCAUUCCAUAAGGUAUCAUAUGGGACAGCUACAGGCUCUGGCUACUCUGGAGAACUACAGCAAAGGUGGAGCAAAUUCAGAGAAGAGGGCUUAGAGAUCAUGGAUUCCAUGUGCACUUCCUGGAAAUCCUGGGGUGAAAGAAAUUUAGCACGAGUUUCAUUCGCUGGGAAGAUGGGAACAAGAAAGACAGAAAGCUUACAGAUCAGCGGGGGCAACUAUGGCUCCUGUACCACCUGUGGACUUCAACUCCCAGAAUUCCUGAGCCACUUGACUCAAGAUUUCUGGGAGUUGAAGUCCAUAGGUUGUAAAUGUCUAUGGGGAUUCGUGGUUGUCUCUAAGGUGCUUUUCCAAAAGGCAGCUGCCCUUUCUUGUUUUAUUCCUUUGAAAAGGUCUUACUUCUCAUCUAAGACGCUUCCUCAGUUCUACAUGAAUAAUUGAAGAAGCUUCUUGGGUGAGAAAAAAAUGUUUUCAAGGAAAAAAAUUGUAAAAGUUGGAAAAGUUUUGGUUGUAGGUCCUAGAGGGGCCAUAGUUGCCCACCCCUGGUAUAGAUAGUCCUUGACUUACAACCAUUCCUUUAAACACUGUGGGAAGUCACAACAGCAGUGAAAAAGUGAUUUACAACCCCAUCCUCCCAUUUAUGAUUGUCGCAACAUGGUCAUGUGAUCAAAACUCAGGCGGAUGGCAACUGGCACGUACUUAUGGCGGUUGCAGCAUCCCAGGGUCAUCUGACCGCUUUUGAGAAGUCAGUGGAGGAAGCUGGAUUUGCUUCAUCUCUACAUGAUUCACUUUAAAACCAUGGCAGAAAAGUUUCAGAAUUGGGUUUAACUGGGAAAGUCUGGUCCUAACUGUGGCUGUAAGUUGAGAUCUAUCUGUAUACACAACUGUCAGAUUAAGUAUUAUAUUUGUGAGCCGACAGGAUUGUCCAAAGGUUACAAAAUGUAUUUUGAUUAUAUUUUUGAUAUUUUAUGGGUGAAAAAAAAAUAUGCAUCACAAUAUUGCAAAAAUACCAAACCUGCUGAACAAUAGUAUCAAUUCACAACUGAUCAGAUGUUGAGUUCCGGGACUGGGGAAAACCUCAACUUAAUGUAAACCUACCUCACAAGGUGGUUGUUCUGGGAAAAAAAUGGGGAGACAUCUCCCUCCUUUGUCUUGAGCGUCGAGAGAACCCGGACUAUCAAUCAGCUACAAAAUAAAUAAUAAUUUACAUAGGCUGCAGAAAGUGUGGGUUUUAUGGAGAACCCUCAGUUUUUAAAUUGGGAGGCGAUCCUGUGUAUGUAUGUAAUUAAGAAAUAUUAUGAGUACUUUUUAUCGAUGUGGAAGACUUCGGAUCGUAGAAGUUGGUGUAAGUUCUAAGUCCUCAGCUUACAACCACUCAUUUAGUGACCAUUUGAAAUUACAACUUCACACAAGUUUUCACACUUGCUACCAUUGCAGCAUUCCCAUGGUAUUGUGAUCCAAAUUCAGAUGCUUGUACCUAUGAUGGUUGCAGUGUCAUUGAAUUUGGUACUCAACACAUUUUGAUGCAAAAAUUCUGUCCCGAUACUCAUUGUUUAUUUUGUCCUCAACGCACAAACUAGAACUUGUCAGUGUCGGCUGCCUUGUGACUCACUACAAUAUUCCUUUUGGGGAAAUUUGUUUGGUACUCAUCGUUUUUUGGUAAUUAUCGCACUCCCCAAAACCAAUUAGCAAAGAUUUAGGUGCCACUCUAAAUCUUUGCUUGUAUGGAAAGGAAAGCACACCACCCAGUGGUGCACCAAAGAACUUUUCCUCUUGUGCCAGUGCUGAGCAUUAGGCUAUCAGGAUGUAGGUUGGCUCACCACAUCGGACUACGUGAUAAAGUAGUUGGUUUAGUUUUUUUUGUUGGGUGAACCAACCAUUAUGGUUUGUUAUCGUCAACCACAGCUGAACAAACCACAGUUUUGCACUGUGUGAAUCAGGUUUAUAGUUUGAUCUACAAACCAGGUCUUUGUAAUCCUGAUGCCUCUCACUGAAAGAGUUCUUCACAAAUUUUCAAGAACAUUUCACAUGGCCUCCAAGAUUUAUGAGGACGUUGAACACGAGGGGUCCUUGGUGCUCUCUGAACUCGGCUGUUUUCUUGUAGCUGUUUCAUUACCCAGAUUAGGUAACAUCAUCAGUCGCUAGCACUGAUUAGGUUACAUAGUUUGUUUAAUGAAAUGUCUGCAAGAAGACAAGCAAAUUCAGAGAACAUCAAGGACCCCACAGUUCAACCCUGAACUUCAACUAUUCUACCGGUACAUUUAACACGGUCUCCAGAACACUCCUGUGACCGGGAUGUCCAAUCACCUGGA